GAAAUUUAAAACUGACAGCACUUGAAAUUGGUCUGCUUUCUAGCUUGGAAACUUUGAAGAUACAUUUAAUUUUUUUUUGUCUCUGAAAUUUAAGCUUUUAUGUUUGUGUUGAUGUGUGUAGGCUAUAAGUGUGCAUGUGUAAUAUUGUACUGAAUGACUUUCUACCCUAAGAGCCAGAUGGUUGGACACACAUUCUGUAUGUUCAAAGGCAAUUUUUCGACGCGCGCAACAACUGGGAAUGGCGAGAACCAUCCGCUCUGAAACUGGAGAAACGGCUUUGAAGAUGCUUAUGGCCUUACCGUUACUACCCACAGACAAAAUUAUAUCUGGAGUACAAACAGUGGAAGAAUAUUUGCUGCAGGAAAACAUGAUGGUUACGUUUCAAAGACUCACACAAUACAUAAGAGAUUUUUGGAUUGGUGUGGUGACGCCAAGUGUUUUGUCUGUAAAUGGCCUCGAGUGGAGGACCAACAAUGCCGUUGAGUCUUUUUACAGAAAGUUGCUUAAAGCUGUAGGUGGGCCCAGACCGGAAUUUUGGCAUUUCAUCAGUAAGUAAAUUUAUUUUCAUAGUAAAUAUGUUAAGAAUGUUAUAAUAUUUUCCUCGUUUGUUAAUAACUAUGUUUUUUCAGCCGCUCUUAGAAAACAAGACAGUUCGUUCCAUACUACAAGGCGAAACGUAGAGAGGCAGGUGGCAGCCCAGAGAACGCGGCGUCGAUCGUAUGUGCGGCAGGACGAAAACAUUCAGCAAAUGCAGGGGGAGCUGUCUGAAGAAUCAAUUUCUAUUAAAAGAUUCCUCCAACGAGCAUCCUGGACUGUGAGUUCGUUAGCAGAACGACUUCUACGAACAUCUUUGGUGGCAGCUGUAAUGGACGAUGAAGUUACAGCUGAAGACGAAUUCCAAGAUGACACACCACCAGAACAUCUUCCUGACAUACUGUUUGAUGGAGAGGUUACCAUCACAGAUGAGACCACAAGCACAUCCAGCUUGGUGGAAGAGAGGACACCAAAUAUUGGAAGAAGAUAUCGGCAUCGUGAACCUCCAUAUCAGAGACCAAGAAACACGAAUGAAGAAGCUGGAAGUUCGUUUGAAUCAAUUUUAGAGGUGUCUCUUCAAGAAAAUGGAAUGGAUCAAGAAGUUUCAGAACGAGUUGAACAACCUUUAUCUGAAGUAACUACAAGGUUGUGCAUGAUUUGCAACAUCGGCGAGCCAACUAACAUCAUUGUCCCUUGUCACCAUCAAGGCUUGUGUGACGAGUGUGUGGCUGAGCUUAGGAGGAGAAUGACUUUACCACCUGAAGAAGACGAACUGGGGGCAUUGAAUAUAGAAUAUUCACUGUGCCCCUACUGCCGUACUCAAAUACACGACUUUUUACGAAUCCACAUUGUGUGAAACUGUAAAUAACGUAAAUUUUUUUUUUUCGUUUAGAUUUAACCACCAUUCUGUACAUCACUUACCCAAACAUAGUAUAUUUCUUGUAAAGUUCUUAACUGCCGUAAGUGUGUCUUAGGCCAGUUUUUUGAUUGAUACAACGGUAAAUAAUUAAUUUCAAUGGUGUUAAAUUAUGAGAUUAUUAAACAUUAUACAACUUACAAGUUUUAGAAUCAUUAGAAACUUAGGUAUUUGUUUAUAUGAGUUUCAGAAAACGGCACCUUAAGAUAAUAUAAGCUUCUUCUUAAAAUUUGAUUUAUUUAUUGACUUCUACAUUUUGCCGACGAAGAAACCAAACCCAGAAAUUAACAACAAAUAAAAAGCCCAUGGAAAAAUCCCAUCAUUUGACAAGAUUUAUUUCGGAAUUCAAAGUUACGUUACUCCAAAUACGUUCAAAUAUGUUUCAAUUUACCAACGUCACUUGACACGGUACUGUUCUUUUUAUCCCUAGCUGAACGCAGUGAAUGAAUGCAAACCCGAAUUCUGGCAUAACAUAACGAUCUCGACUAAUCGAAAUUAGUCACUGGUGCGCUGAAAAGAAGCCAGUAGUUGAAGUAAGCAUACAUCAAAGAUAUAGUAUGAAUGGAUUAUCAAUAAACAAUUCUGAUAGAAAAAUCUUGGGUUUGUAAUUAUGUUUACUAGCCUUUUAUUUUGUUAGGCGAAUGUUGUUAUAUUGGAAAAUUUUACAUUUAAAAAAACCACUACCCAAAGAUUUAUGACUAAUCGAGGUAACUGUUGCAAAAACAGCGUCUGUGGUAGGAAUGUCACACACAC